AGAGAGAGAGAAAAGAUGAAGCUUUUUGGGAUGAUAAGGGGGGGAAAAGAUGCUUUUUAUUAAUUUUGCGUUGGCGGGCGGGUACGAUGAGUUCAUCAACCCCAGCAACGAAGUAAACACAAGCGUACAAAGCCAGACUCUGCUCGUCAUCAUCAAUUGGCUCGCUUCUUCAAGAAACAGAGUCGCUGCUUCCCUGCUUCUCUCUUGAGGAACAUAUAUACGUCAUUAGAUAAUAUAAUGGAAGACACACGACUAAAUUUCAAUCAGCCAUUCCUUACGGUGAGGCGCUUCUCACCCACAGUAAACUCUGCAGAGGGCCAGGACAAAAGGAGGACUGAUAAGUCACUGCCCACAAUACCUCCUCUUCCUCGUUACAAAUCAGAGCUAAAAUCAGGUCCGGUAAGGAAUCCAGGAACUGUUCCAUUUGUAUGGGAACAGUGUCCAGGAAGACCAAAGAAUGAAUCCCUAUCGCGGAGUCAGACUCCUGAAUGCCCUCCUGCUGCCCCGAAACCUCCACCUGGGAGGAUUGCAAGAGUUAAACAGCAGGAUUCUGAAAAAACCUCCAAUGGUGUUAGGAGUGUACGUACUCAAACGAGAAAUAUUGUUUUAAAUUCUGAAAAUGCACAUUCAAACGAUGAAGGUGCUAAGAAAAAGGAGACCACAGAGGAAAAAGGGUUCGCUGGUUCAGAUUAUGGUGAUGAAGCUUACUUAGAUGCACUGGAUACAUUUUCGCGAUCUGAGUCAUUCUUCUUGAACUGCAGUGUCAGUGGUUUGAGUGGAGUGGAUGGUUUAGAUAUGAGACUAUCUGGAAGGUUCUCUAGAGAUCCACCAGCCAGGGACUUCAUGAUGGGUCGUUUUUUGCCCGCAGCAAAGGCAAUGGCUUCAGAAGCGCCUCUGCAUUUCAUCCGGAAGCAAUCUGUGGCACAGGAUCUGCCGAGGCAUCCAGUAAAGAAGGCAGUGGUUGGGGGUGAGAACCGUCAGCUUGAGGUACUUAAACCAAAUGUUCUACCGAUGACCCAUGUCGGAGUCAGAGAAGAAAGCGAAGUUGAUGAUUACUACGAAAGUGAAACCUCAACAACUAAAAUUUGUGGAUUAUUCCCUCGGUUUUGCCUGUUAAAUCCAGUACCUGGUAUGAGGAUGCAAACUGUGGGGCUUACUGUGCACAAAACUCAACUUAAUUCUACAUAUGCGAGAUAUCAAGGUGAAAGCAGGAGUAAGCACAAUAAAAAUGCUUUUGAUGAGCAAAGAUCAGUUGGUGGCCGGCUAAAAGCGGAGCUGCAUGAAAAUAAGUGUGAUCUCAAAAGCACACAGAGCCAAACUACACGCAAAAACGAUGACAAGAAAUUAGAGGGGUCAUCACUAUACAGACGCUUGCAAGGCAAUGGCAAAAUUAAGCACCAGAACGGAUUUUCUAAAUCAGUCACUCAAGGGGAGGAAAGAUCAGUCAGUCUUCAUGAGAAUGUUAAGAAUUUCAAGGUUGAUGGCUCCAAUUCCCAAGGAAAGCGAUUCAUCAAUCUUCGAGAAUUAUUAGAUAGUGAGCGUGCAGAAUUUGAGGCAGGCAAUACAAGCCCUGUAAUUGAAAAAACUGUAUACGUCGAUACUGUGCAGGUUGUAAAAUCUCAAGGUCAUACAAGUCCCUCAGAUGGGAAGGAGCCAUCCCAUUCUGAGGAUUAUGUUUUCGAGAUCCAGGCUACCGGCAAGAAAGUUGAGGAAGCUAUUCUAGUGGACUCUCCUUCUCUGGAUAUUGAGAACAUUGAGCACCCAGAGAAAAAGACAAUAUCUGAACUUGAAGGUUUGCAUUUCACGGACUCCCCCUUACUCUCUGCUUCUGACAGAUCGAAUGAGGAUGUAGAUGUCGACUCGAUUAGACACAAUCAAACUCUUACUCAAGCGAGCAGAAUAAAGACAAGCUCAAAAGUCAGCAGAGAUGGUAAAAUUGAUUUAGAAAGCGAGGCACUUAUGAGAUUAGGUGAUCAGCAGAAUCAUUCCAGUGCCUAUUCACCCUUGCCACUUCCCCCUCCUUUACCAAAAUCUCCAUCAGACUCAUGGUUAUCGCGAACCUUGUCCUCUGCUUCCUCCAAGAAGCCAUCUUCACGAUCCUCUCCUGGCGUAAAUGUUGUUAAUGGGAACCAUGCUUCAGAGUCAGCUCCUGUUGAUCCCAAGUGGGAAACAAUUGUCAAAUCUUCCAAUGUGCACCACGGCCAUCUGCGGUUCUCUGAGGAACUACUGCCGCCAAUCCCAGAAACCUGAAGAGAGCUGAUCCAAUUUUGAAGGAUGUGGAAUUGUGCAUUCCUGCAAUGAACUGAACACAAUUUUUUUUCACUUUUUCCCAAAGUUCUUCGAUCUGGAAAAGGGAAAAGACUUCCGCCCCGCCUCAUUGUCGCCGGUGCUCUGCUAUACCUGGUCUGUUGAGUGUUGAGCAUAUUACGUGGAACUGUAAAUAGAAUUACCCUCUUCUUACAAUAUAACUACGAAAUGCAUCCCAUUGUCAUCCUGUAAAGAUCAUUCUUUCUGUAUACCAAUUGGUACCAUCAUUCUGUUUUUCCUUGUAAAGGGGAUUGCAAUCACUGUUCUCUGGUUGUAAUAAACGGAUGAUUUCGCUA